AUGGCUGGGAUUUUGUCAAAGACUCUUUCAGAGGUUCAUCCUUCUCUCCGAACAAAUGGUAUGGGUAUUGGUAACACACACAGGAGGAUAUCGCUAGGUUUCCUAUCUCCCGAUAAGAAGAACCCCCUGGUACGAAAAUUUCGCGCAAGAAGGAGGAACAUUGAUCAAAGAAGUUUUAGAUCUUUAACAGAUGAUUUCGGAAGUAAUGUCCAUGAACCAAGUCCGUACUUGGGUAAUAUUGAUGAAGAACCUGAUCUUUAUUAUCAUGAUGAAGAGGAUGGCGAACUGAGCAGAACGAUCUCUCUACCCUCAAGGGUAUCCGAAACUCCCGAUCUUUCACCACAAGAUGUUGAUUGGAUUCUACAUGAACAUGAACGACGGUACUCAUCAGUAUGCAACUCUGAUAAUGAGGAAGCAAGUCAAAGCAACACACCGGAUAGAGUACAAGAAUAUUCUGGAAGGGAACUGGAAUAUGACGAAUUCAUGAAUAGACUCCAAGCUCAGAAACAAAAACUGACUCAAAGUACAGUAAUGAACGCUAAAGGUACUUCAUAUCACAGAAGACCAUCAUUCGUAUCUGUCACUAGCCGAGGCUCAAUUCCCACAAUUUACCAAGAAAUCGACGAAAACGAUUCUGAGGCACUAGCCGAAUUGGCUCAUAGCCAUGUGACCUUCAAAUCGGAAGCAAGAGUUUUAGCGUCUUAUUCUUUCCCCUUAAUUUUCACAUUCUUACUGGAACAGAUUUUUCCUAUGGUAUGUUCAUUAACUGUGGGCCACCUAGGCAAGAAUGAACUAGCAGCUGUAUCUUUAGCAUCUAUGACUUCCAAUAUAACACUAGCAAUAUUCGAGGGUAUUGCCACUAGUCUGGACACUCUAUGCCCUCAAGCGUAUGGUUCUGGAAGAUUCUAUAGUGUAGGGGUUCACCUUCAACGUUGCAUUACCUUUUCAUUAGUCAUAUAUAUACCAUUUGCAUUUAUGUGGUGGUAUUCUGAACCCCUUCUUUCUUAUAUCAUUCCUGAAAAAGAACUAAUCAACCUAACGUCACGAUUUUUAAGAGUUCUGAUAUUGGGAGCACCAGCAUACAUUUUUUUUGAAAAUUUAAAACGAUUUUUACAAGCUCAAGGCAUUUUCGAUGCAGGCAUCUACGUUCUAACAAUAUGUGCUCCCUUAAACGUAUUGGUCAGUUACACCCUUGUUUGGAACAAAUACGUUGGUGUUGGAUUCAUCGGGGCUGCAAUUGCCGUGGUACUUAACUUCUGGCUAAUGUUUUUCUUACUAUUGUUUUAUGCAUUGCAUAUUGAGGGAAGAAAAUGCUGGGGUGGAUUUUCAAGAAAGGCUUUCACCCAUUGGAACGAUUUAGGGCAUUUAGCCUUCUCAGGUAUUAUUAUGUUAGAGGCGGAAGAGCUAUCAUAUGAACUACUGACGUUGUUUAGUGCAUAUUAUGGAGUCAGUUAUCUAGCAGCUCAAUCCGCAGUGUCUACUAUGGCAGCAUUGCUUUAUAUGGUACCUUUUGCAAUUGGUAUAUCUACUUCUACAAGAAUCGCUAACUUCAUCGGUGCAAAGAGGACUGAUUUCGCGCACAUUUCUUCUCAAGUUGGGCUGUCCUUUUCGUUUGUUGCAGGGUUUGUCAAUUGUUGCAUACUGGUAUUUGGGCGUAAUCUAAUCGCCAAUGUUUACUCAAAAGACCCUGAAGUCAUCAAAUUAAUUACGCAAGUAUUGCCCCUGGUAGGUAUUGUGCAAAAUUUCGAUUCACUUAAUGCUGUUGCUGGCUCUUGCCUCAGGGGUCAAGGCAUGCAAUCCUUAGGAAGCAUUGUGAACCUAAUGGCGUACUACCUAUUUGGAAUACCCCUGGCACUCAUCCUAAGUUGGUUCUUUGACAUGAAAUUGUAUGGUCUUUGGAUUGGUAUUGGAAGUGCCAUGCUUUUAAUUGGGCUAGUUGAGGCUUAUUACGUACUGUUCCCCGAUUGGGACAAAAUUAUGAGCUACGCUGAAAUUUUGAAGGAAGCCGAAGAUGAUGAAGUUGAUAGCGAUGAGUACUUAACAGACUCAGACGAUCCUGAUGAAAACACAGCCCUCUUAGGGGCUUAA